AUGCACCGUGUUUUCGGUCGUGGCCAGGCAAAGGCCCCAGCACCUACCCUUACAGAUGCGGCCGCUAACAUUGACAAUAGAAUUGCAACUCUCGACAAAAAAAUCAACAUGAUGCGUCAAGAAAUCGGAAAAUACCAACAACAAAUGAAGGGCAUGAGAGAGGGACCAGCAAAAGAAUCUAUAAAGCGCAAAGCUCUUGGUGUCCUCCGCCAAGUUAAACAACUGGAAAAGCAGAGAGAAAACCUGUCCGCACAGAGUUUUAAUAUGGAUCAGGCUGGCUAUGCCAUUCAAAGUGUUAAGGACACCCAAAUCACCGUAAAUGCAAUGAAAAGCGGUCUUAAAGAAUUCAAAAAAGAGACUAAAAAGCUGGACAUCAACAAAAUUGAGGAUUUGCAAGAUGAUAUCACCGACAUGAUGGAAUUACACGACGAAUUCGGGGAAGUGCUUGGCCGAUCGGUGCUCUCCGAGGACUAUAAUGAAGAAGACCUGGAUGCAGAAUUGGCAGCGCUGGGUGAGGACUACGAGGCUAGCCGCGAUAAUGAAUAUUUAGACGAAGCCCUCAAUGCUCCUGGCGUGCCCAGUUCCGCCGUUGGUGGUCAGAGUGUCGUGCCGAGUGCGCCUGCUGCGACGAAUUCCGUAAGUCUAAGCCGACACAGAUUGAUCAUUUUGACCAAAAGCCUUCGUUUUUAA